AUGACAGAGCGUGUAGUGAAACCAAAAGGACGAAAGAAGAAAGAAACAGUGAGGGCAUCAGCAUCAACGUCAACUAGCGAGACCCCUGCCGCGAAGGCUUCGCAUCAUGCGGUAUCUAUCGCAUCAAAAGAGCCUGCUGCCCCGCUAGACAUGCCUCUUCAGAACCCAAUGUUUCCUACCAACAGUCGACAUGCCGAACAGGUGGAGAAGGCCACGACAGCCAUCCGCUACCACUACAGACCUCCUACCUUCAACCAACCUUCGAAAGCCUUGUCAUCAAUGUUGGACAAUGCCUUCCUAACCCAUUAUGUAGAGCUCAACCAUGCUAAAAACGCUUAUGCGCCUGAAAUCCAGUGGCUUGUUCACUUGCCAGAAAUAUUUACUAACGCCUCCAAGCCUGCUGUCAAAAUAUCACUUCGAGCAAUGUCUAUGGCAUUUUACGGCAAGUACCAUAAUGACUCAAGUAUACUCAUCGACUCCUGGAGAUGGUACACUGUUGCAUUGAGUGCGCAGCGAAACUCGAUAGCUAGAAUGAAAAAGAACGAUAUCCCCGAUGAAGGAGAAGUUUUGGUGCCCCUCAUUCUCGCGCUAUAUGAGCUCUAUGUUGGAGCAACGUCUGCUGGCUUACUCGCCCACAUGGAUGCAGCUGGAGAGAUUAUGAAGAUGCGAGGCCCAAGCAACUGUAGAUCUGGCGUAAUUUUGCCACUCUUCAAAGCCAUCCGCGGCGAAGAGGCUCACAGAUCAAUCGUUUUCAACAACAAGUCGACGUUUUCCUCCCCAGAUUGGAUGACAAUACCAUUCGUCGAUAUGCCCAGCGACCCACACCAAGAUCUCGCCAGUAUCCACCUGAUGAUACCUUUCUGUUUGGCUCAUCUAGAGAUCCAAGGAUCUUUGCGUACCGUUUUCGAGACACCCAUACCACCUAAUGUCGAUGUAACACCUGCUAAGGAACUUACAUGGAAAUUGCUCAAAGAUCUUGAUAGCUGGGCCGAAAAGUAUCCUCAUCUGACGAAACGAUACACAAUUCCUGGAAAUACCCAAACCCCGGAGCUUUCCUCGCAAUCUCCCAAACAGAAAUCUCCAAAAACAGGAAAGACGCACCCCGCCAGGGCACUAAUAAGUUCAAAAUACAUGGCAGAUCGAGUCUUGCUCAACAUGCUCAUGUACAAGAUGCAUACCGAAUCCAGUACUCCAUUGGCACCGUCCGAGUAUGACAUAGGAAACUCUUACUCAGAAGUACAGAGUUAUUCCCAAGCCAUACUGCAGACUGCAGCCGAGAUUGAACGAGCAAAGACGCCUGGGUUCGAUCUUUUACGCACCAUCGGUCCUGUUGUGAUCGUGGUUUACUGCGCUCCGAUACUGGAACUGAAAAUGCAAGGCCAGAUGAUGCUGGGCAGGUGGGCAGGCCAAAUUCAAGGACUUGCGUCAACCAUGGAACGCUUGUAA